UAUUAACUCUGGCUAUGUCAACUGUCUGUAUUUAAACUGUUGAUCCUUCAAAAUCAUUCGACUAUUAUUCAUAUUUUAAAGUGGUUCUAAUGGUUUGUUUGUCUUAUAAAAUCAAUUUUAAUAAGUUUUCAUAUUAAACCAACUAUAAAAACUAUACACAAAAAACAAUAAAAUAUAAUGAAGAAUUUUUUGAAACUGAUCUCAUUGUUUCUGACACUUAAAAUUAUUGCAUCAUUUGAUUGCUUUGAAAAUAAAAUAGAAAAUUGCAAUUGUUACGAAUUUGAUAAUGCAACAAUUCAAUACACAUGUCUUGAUCCCACAAAUCUAAAAAAUAUAAACAAUCCUAGAAAAUUUGAAAUUUCAAUUGAACCUUUAGAAACUGUUAUAAAAUGCAUAAAUUCAGCAAAUUUAAAAAAUUUUCAUUAUGACUUUCGUUUUGUAAUCACGGAUUUAACAGCUCUUGUUCUCGAUAAUUGCAUUAUUAAUAAAUAUACAAAUAUACAAAAAAUUAAAGAACUGACUUAUGCUGAAUAUGUCAGUAAAAUUAAUUUAGUUAAUAAUUCUCAAUUAAAUGAUAUUCUCAUUAAAAAUCCAUCUGAUGAAUUAAAUUCACUGCUUGGAUUAAAUAUUAAGGAUAAUAAUAAUUUAGAAGAAAUAAAUAUGAGACUAUUUCACAAGGUUACAAAUAUUUUUUAUCUCACGAUAAAAAGAUGUUUUGUUCAAAAAAUUACUCCAAAUGCAUUUAGUGAAUUAAAAAAAUUAUUAAAAUUAGAUUUAUCGGAGAAUAAAUUAAAGGAUAUCUAUCCUGAAACAUUCAACAGAUUAACAGCAUUAACUAAACUUGAUCUCAGUGGAAAUCAACUGGAAAUUCUUAAUGAUAAUAUUUUUCAAAAUUUACAACAACUCAAAAAUUUGAAUCUUCAAAAUAAUAAACUUACAACAAUAUCAGAAUUCUUGUUAAACAAACUAUACAAUUUGGAAGAAUUUAAUGCAGCUGAAAAUUUAAUAGCUAAAAUUCAUGAAGAUGCUUUUAUAAAAUUGUUAAAAUUAGAACGAAUAAAUCUUCAAAAAAAUAAUAUUAAUGAACUUUCGAGAUUAGAUAAUAAAAUAGAAACACCAAUAGCCGAAUUUUGGAAUAGCCAUUCAAUAUUUGCUUUAUGUAGUAAUCUACAAGAAUUGGAUCUUUCCUUCAAUAAUAUUCAAAUAUUCUAUGAUGAUUGGAUUCAUUUAUCCGAAUUGAAUUUAAAUAGUCUAAAACUUUCUCACAAUCAGAUACCUUCUUUUGAAGUAACACAACAUCAUUUAAAAAUGAAAUCAGAUUUUUUCAUUGAUUUGACCCACAACAAGUUGAAGGGAAUUAAUUUAUAUUCCCUAACGUCAUUAGAAUUUGAAACACCAUAUAGAAUGCACAUAGAUGCAAGAGAUAAUCCUAUUAAUUGUAAUUGCUUAAAUGACAGACUUUUACAGUACAUAAAGGGAAAUUUAGAUAAGAAAAUCUAUCAACAUUUAAAUAUUGAUACAACAAAUUUAAUAUGCGCUGGACCAAAAGAACUUAAGGGUGAAAAAUUAUCUGAUCUAAGCAGUGAUCAUUUAUCGUGUCAGAUAACUGUUAAAACUUUUAAUGAUAAUAAUGUAUCAUGUACUCCAAAAUAUUUUCUUGAAAGACAGCUAACAAUAAUAAAUUGUCCUAACAAUAAUUAUACAAUAUUUCCAAAAGGUCUUGGAAUUAUAACUAGUUUCGCUACUGAAAUAGAAUUAGAAAAUAAUAAUUUAGAAUAUAUUCCAUCAGAAUUUAGUAAUGCUGAACAAAAAUCAAUUAGAAAAUUAAAUCUUUCUGGAAAUAAAAUUAAAAGUCUCAAUGAUAUUGAUUUAUUUGAAAAUCUUGAGAUUUUAGAACUUAAAAAUAAUAAUAUUCGUAAUGUAGGAAACAAGUAUUUACUGAUUUUUGAAAAUUUAAAAAGUCUCAAAAGCAUAACUCUCAGUGGUAAUCCUUUGAUAUGUGGUCCAAAUUUCGAAAAACUUAAAAAUUAUAUCAAAAUUAAAGAUAGAAAUAAUCUAACUUGUCAUGAUGAACCAUUAAUACCGAGUGAAAAAAGUAAACCCAUUUUUGAAGAACCAAAAGAAACUUAUUCUCUAUUUGCAAAAUAUUCAUUAUGUUCUGUAGAAAGAGAAGAUGUGGAGAAGUCUUGGCAAGAGCAAUGUUCAAUUCCACAAAUAGAUGAAACCACACGAAAAGAAAUGCUAUCGAAAUUUCAGCCAUAAAUUUAUGAUUGAGAGUUCUGGUUGAAUUGGUUAUACAGUCUAUCAAAUUGGUAGGUAAGUUAGGUUAUAUUAGCCAUGUGAAGUCUGAUUCAGACAUUUUGCUCUUCGGAAGUACUAUUCGUUUGGUUGGAUUACCCAAACUGUAUGGUAGUAACAGUUCCAUGUUAAUUCAGUUAUACGAUAUGACAGAAACAGCAUGAAUUAUGGCAGUAAUUACGAAAAAUUUCUUUCAGUGCACUAAAGUAAUGGAGACGCAUAAAUAAUGCCUAAAAUUAAUUUGUUAGAAUUAGAAUUAAAGGCUGCUUCCACAAUAGCUAAAAUCGCAUCAUCUUGAGGAGAAUUUUUUACGACGAAACGAUGCGUGCGCACAUCCAUUGCCAAAUGUCGACAAAAAAUUUAUUUCACAUGUACUAAAAAUUAAAAAAAAAAAAUUCUUCAGAUGCAAGGAUAUAAAAUUUGUAUUUUUUUUUAACAAAUCAAAUUUUUGUAUAAGUUCAAUAAUAUUUACAAGUUAAAAUUGUAGAAAUAGUGGAAAUUUUUUUUUGUCAACAGUUGGCAAUGGAUGCGCGCGCAUCGUGUCGUCCUAAAAAAUUGUCAUCAAGACGAUGCGAUUUUAGCUAUUGUGGAAUUAGCCUAAGUAACAGAAUUUCUAUUUCAUCGAAUUUACUACCGUCAGAAACUUUUAGGUGUGAAUUUAAAAAUUAAUCAAUCAUCAGAUAUACACAAAAAUUUUGAUUGGUUAAUUUUAAAAUUCGCGUCAAAAUAUUUUUAUAUUGUAUAUCUGUAAAAAAAAAUGUUAUGAAUUCACAAUUUUGUAUUUGGAAUGCAAAAAAAAAAAAAAAAAAUGAAACACAGCAUGAGGGACGCGGUUAGUGAACUUGUAUUAUUCAGUGUAGGAUGACCCCCAUGAAGGUUUUGCUACCAUGAUUAAGCAUUUUUCUCACAGUUAUAUACUCUUCCGGUAUUCUAGAAAGCUGGGAUUAAUUUACAUUUAUAAUUUAGUUUGAUGUUGAUGGUAGCUUAGAAUGCGAUUAAGGUUAGGUUUUACAUCCUUUCAAUUCAAUCAAAUGUAGUAAAUAACGGACUUUCGAUUUAUUUACAUUUUUAUUCUAAUUAUAAACCAGCUGUUUGCAAUGCAAAAAAGAUCGAAAAAAAUCACUCAAUUUUAAAAUUAGCAAAUUAGUAUCUUUUUUCUCCGUAAUCCUCAAAAAUACAAAUAUCUUUCGUAGUUUUAUUUGUUUCAUUAAAAAAAAAACACUUUUCCAAUAAAUGGUUUUUAGUGAAAAUUUUAUUUACUCAAAUUAAUAAAAAUUAAUAUAAAAUAAUAA